AUGGCGUACUACAAUCAAGGACCAGGCAACGGUUACGGCUUUCAAGGGGAUUCGAGCAGUUCAUCAGGGCCACCGCCCUCGAGCCAUCAUGUCAACUCCGAGUCGCAGCAUCACCAUUACCCGUCACACCCUGCAGCAGGUCCGUCUAUGCAGCAAAGCUAUCGACUCUUCAGCAGUGCGGGAGCAGGACCAAGCGGCUCUGGCGUGGAACGUAGUGCGGCCGGCUACCCAUGUCCCAAUUGCGGCAAGGCUUUCGCAAGAGGUGAGUGUAUGCGUGCUGGUCGCGCUCAGAUGUCACCAAAAUGGAGCAGUGGCUGGACGGCUAGCCUUGAGCCCACGAAUACAGGAAUCGGAGUGUUCUCGUCGCCUCUCUUCGACUCGAGCUAGCACGUCAGCUGACACGCCCGCACCCUUCUGGAUUUAAGAUGACUUGCUGCGUCGACAUUUGGCCCGCGAAGCGCGCGCCAUGGCUCAGCCUUCUUUUGACAGGCAAAAAUCUUGUCAGUCUUGUGCUGCGAGCAAGGCAAGGUGUGACCUAGAGGUGCCUACAUGCGGGCGGUGUCGGGCGAGGGGCAAACUUUGUGUGAGUCAGCAGUUCGAUGACCUCAAGCGUGGUUUCUGUCAAGAGAGCGAUCUCUUGGGCGAUAGCUGACACCGGCACUCUCUUAACCAGGUCUACGGCGCGCGCUCAGGCAAUCCCAACGUCAGGAGAGCGCAACGAGACUCGGCAAUGCCGAGUGGCUGGCACCCUGGUCAGCAGGUAGCAGCUGCUUCGCCAAGCUGGCCAGGUGGCCCUGGCUCCGGUUCCAUGUAUGGAGUCAACCCGGCUAGUACACCAUCACUUCCUCCCACGCCCGGGUUUGCGCCAGAAGGAUCGGGUGAUGAUUACUCGUCCUCAGAAGAUUCGCGAGGAUGGUCGUCCUCCGACCAAUACAAUCAGUACCGCAAUGCUCGCUCCUACUCCGUUGGAAAUAGCGACUCCGAAAGCUUAGCGAGCGACUUUCAUUCCCAGCAUGGAAGCUUUUCCUACGGAGACGCUGCGCAUCAGCAGCAACGGCCACCGGGAGGCGCGACGCUCGUCUCGAGCUUCGCGCCCUCGUUUGCGCCUCCUGCUCGCACAGAUUCACCGGCUUCCUUUUCCCAAAGCGGCAGCACUGCCUCUCAACGCGGAUUCGCUCGCGGAGGCCAAAGCGGCUCCAUCGACACCAGUGUGAGGCCUUUCCAGGCGGAUGAGGGUGAGGAAACACCAAUAGCAGGAGGCACCGCCGCUGCUGGGAUCACAGGCCUGCCAGCCGCGCCUCAGCAUGCUAACACCAUCCCUGGAGCUAUGGGACCCCCAACCAUUCCUCGCGGUGCUCGCAAUGCCAGUGCGCCAUUCAGCGGCGAAUCGAUACCACCAACCGGCUACUCAAACUUCGAUAGUCUACAGGGCGCCGGUGCCACCGGCAGCAGACCUCAACCUCCAAGGCUGCUCACUGGUAGCCGUAUGCCAGUGCCAGGCGCAUCCACCCUUCCCGGCCUGCAGACGGCUUUUGGCAGUGGACGACCGCUGUUCAGUGCUCAAUUGGACCUAAGCGGUUGGCUCGAGGAGCCCGUCGUGCCGUCGCCGCUGUAUCGCAUGGGGCCGAGCCUGUCAGCCCUCGGCGCAGCAGCCCACUCUUUCCUCCCACCGACCCCGACCUCGGACGCUUCAGCGAACGCUACACGCCAAGCUCUUGGUGGUGGUGGAGUCCGCGAGGCUGGUCUUCGGUCCAUGUCGGACCCGACGGUCGAGAAUGCGACAAACAGCUCUGCCGAUGUUGGCAUGGCUGGCGAAGAUGCAGCGCAGCGCACAAUAGGCCAAAUAUCCCCCGAAGAGCUCAGUGCUCGUCAUUGGUGGCAGAAGCGCGACCUCGCAAGGGAUGCCGACGUGAGAGGCCAAGUCGCAAGCGUAUGUGCUGGGCACUUUACCCUUUAUCCCGCUCUACUGGUGCUGCCGGAUCCCACGUCACCGGUGCCUCCGCUGUUUCACAGGCCGUGGAUGGCGCAGUCACGCUUGGCUACACCAUCCACUCUGGCCAUCGCUCGUGUCAUCAUCGCAGGCUACCACACCCGGUUACCCGCAAGCGAAGGCUUCGUCUGGGAGCAGCUGGUGACACAAGCUUGCAGGCUUACGAGCCAAGUGGACAUCAUCGCUGCCAAUGGAGACGACAACGACGUAUACGCUGCUACUGCCGCACUCUGGCUCUACGUGGUUCUCCUCUUGAUGAUGUCGGAGCCACCGCCAGGAGUCAAGGUGCCAGCAGACACUACUCCCAAAUUCGACAUCUCGAGUCAAACACCACAUCAGGUACACGUGCAAGUCGUCGAUGACGGUUUGGUAGCCUUAUCCACGUUAGCGCGAACACUGUCUGCUGGGGUCAAAAGGCUGGAGGCCGAGCGCCAGGCAUCUCGCGCCGAGUUCCUCGCGUGGGGCUUCGAAGAGACUCUGCGACGAAUUCUGUUUGCGACGUACGCCCUGCUCGUCCUGCAACGCCUGAGAGAGAGCGAUGCCAGCGUCCAGUCAAAAUUGGCAGGUGCAGACUUGGUCUUGGACGUCAGUCUACCAGCCGGCGCGACCGAGUUCGAGGCCGGCGUGGAGCUGGAGUGGAGGGCGGCACAAGCAGCAAUCGGUUCUGAACGCCUGACACUCAGAAAGAUCCUUGCCGAAAGAGGAGCAGAAAGCCCGAGCGCGGUGUCUAAAGCCUACUUUGACCGACACGAUGAUUUCACAAACGCCGUCCUCACUGUAGCUUUCGCCUUGGACGACAAGCUGGACCCUAACGCUUGA